AUGGGAACGAGGGUACCUUGGAGGAAACUUGCGCCACAGGCAACUAUGAAAGGAGGAACAAACCUACAUUGGGAUGACCUUGCAAGAUACCUCUCUGCAUAUAGUAAACAAGGCAAGAAAGUUUAUUUAACUGCAGCUCCUCAGUGCCCUUUCCCAGAUGCUUGGGUUGGGGGUGCCCUCAAGACAGGCCUUUUUGACAAUGUUUGGGUCCAAUUCUACAACAACCCACCUUGCCAAUACUCCUCUGGGGAUCUUAGAAACCUUGAAAAUGCAUGGAAGCAGUGGAUUUCAGAUAUUCCAGCAACCAAGAUAUUCCUAGGAUUGCCUGCUGCCCCUGCGGCUGCUGGAAGUGGCUUCAUUCCUGUGGCUGAUCUUACUUCUAAAGUGCUUCCAGCAAUUAAAGGUUCUCCCAAGUAUGGAGGGGUCAUGCUGUGGUCCAAGUAUUAUGAUGAUCAAACUAACUAUAGCUCUUCCAUCAAGAGCCAUGUCUAA